AUGGCCAUGACAGGAAUUUUUGUGUCUAAUGGACACAUUUCCUACAAUCAGUUUGUCCACUUGGAGCUAGGAAUAGCUAUUUUUGGCUUUUCCAGAAACAUUUAUCCAGCUCCAGAUGGCUUCUCCCAUGGUGGCUCUUCUGGAGAGCUGAGAUCCUCCUGCACCGAGGAGUUCCCCCAGGCUUGUGACUUUGGUUCCUACCUGGACAUACUUUCUCAGGUCAACAUCAUGUACCCUGACCCACCUCCACGCUAUGAUGAAUGUGUGGGGCCAGGAGCAACACAAAUAUAUAUUCCCACAGAUGAUCCCCCCCCAUAUUCUCUCAUGGACCCUUGUCAAAGAAAUGAAAUAUCUAUAAAUAUCUAUAUUAGCCAGGAAGAGGAGGCAGCAUCUGGGACUACAGGACAGGCUGCAAAUUCUGCAGUCAGGCUGCAGGACUUGCAGCAGCCCAUUCCAUCCAUCUCUGUCAUCUCUCACCCUGGAGGCUAUGCCCCUGUUCAAGACAGUGGGGUGUGAACAGAAUAUCCCCAUCCCACACGUUCCAACAGAAGUACAGAGCAGUUCU